AUGGACAAACUCCUGAGAGCGAGAAAAUCUCAUGCUCCACGGAUGGAACGUGUCACAAAGGCACUAGAAAAGCUGGAAGAUGCCGAGCACGCGGAACCAGAGGACGUCGUCAUGGAAUUGGAUAACCUCAACAGCGUUUGGUCGUCUUAUCUCGCCGUUCAGCAACGAAUUCUGGACUUGGCAGAAACUGAUGCAAUUUAUGAGGAAGCAAUGAGUCACCAAAUCGCCUUUGAGGAGGAGUACUUGGCGCUAAAAAAGGGUUUAGUAAAACUGCAGAGAAGGUUGGGAAUGGCGUCAGUCGAUCACGAAACAACUCUCAACCAGCAGAAUGGCGGCAAUGCGAGCGUUAUUGACAUCUUGGUUCAGCAGCAGGCACAACUCCUACAAGCAUUAUCUGUAAAUGCAGGUGCCUCUUCCUCUCCGAUGUCUCUCCCACCAUCACCUACAGCGCCGCCAGAUUGCGCACCGCUACCGGACCUUCGACUUCCAAGGAUGGAUCUGCCAAUUUUCAGCGGAAACUACCUUGAAUGGAAGUCAUUUUAUGACCUCUUCUGUGGUUCUGUGCAUAAAAACCCGUCACUACGACCUAGUCAAAAAUUAUACUUUCUUAAGACGCACCUAGCUGGUGAAGCAGUUACGCUAAAUUAUCUACCAGCACUGGAUAAAUUGCAAAGUCGCUACAAUAAACCCCGUGAAAUUGCCAACCUACACAUCACUCGCUUUUUGAGCCAACCUGCUUUGACAUCAUCGUCCCCGGCCGGGUUGCGUUCCCUACACGAUGUUUCGGAUGAAGUGAUUCGGGCUUUGGCUGCUCUUCAACGUGAAGGACGAGACAUUUGGCUACUUCAUCUCAUCUAUCGAAAGCUCGACCAACAAACAAAAGAGCUUUGGUGUCAAAAAACAAUGGACAUGGAAGAGAGUCACAUCACUGUCGACGCGUUGUUAAAGUUUAUAGAUAAUCGAUUCACUGCUCUUCAAUCAUCUCAAUCCACUCGAAAGUGCAUUCGAGAACCCAAUACUUCUGUGCCCGUUAAAUCUCAACCACUGAGACACUCACACAAACUACUCUCGUCCGCUCUCGUGGCCACCGAUAAGCCAUCAUUUUCGUGCGGCGUUUGCUCAAAAGCCGGUCAUCAGCCGUAUCAAUGCGAAAAAUCACCAAUCGAUUUAGACUUUCAUGGGAUAUCGGCAACCAGCUCACAUUCCAGCAUGGGUACAUCGGUCACCUUUGCCUCGCGAUGUUCUAGCUAUCGCUCUACAAUACCAUGCGCGGUGUUGGAUCGAAUUUCGUCUGACCUUCCAUUACGCCCUGUUGAUAUUAGCGACUGGCCAAUUCCUGAUUCAGUCUACCUAGCUGAUCCGCAAUUCCAUCAUCCGGGAAAAAUAAGUCUAUUAUUAGGCUUACAACCUUUCCUAGAUUUGCUUGAACCAGGGCGAAUAAACUUGGAUGUAGAUGGUCGUUUCCCCAUUUUGCAAAACACAAAGCUGGGCUGGGUGGUGUCAGGCCGUUACGAGGAUAGCAAAUCAAUGAAAAACUCUCCCACCUGCCUAAUCACUUCCCACAACGAAACACUCUCCCAACAACUGCAAAAGUUUUUCGAGAUUGAGGAUUAUGUGAACCCUAGCCAGCAUCUCAGCGAAGAAGAACGAAAAUGUGAAGCACACUUCGAGCAACACACUACUCGUGAUCAGGCUGGCCGUUUUGAAGUUCGACUUCCGUUUCGCGAGGAUCCUAAUACCCUUGGUGCAUCUCGUGACAUUGCUUUGAAGCGGCUCGAACAUAUCGAGAGAAAGUUGAAAAAAAUCCCUCAAUUAAAGGUUAAUUACCACGCCUUUCUGAAGGAAUAUUUAGACGCUGGCCAUAUGAGCCUUGCUGAAAUUCCAGCCCCAAAAGGGGCCGUCUACCUUCCUCAUCAUUGCGUACUGAAGGAAACCAGCUCGACUACAAAAUGUCGCGUCGUAUUUGAUGCUUCGUCCAAAACGGCUAGCGGCAAAUCAUUAAACGACGUGCUAAUGACUGGACCGGUUCUACAAGAUUCGCUUGUUAACAUUUUGCUACGUUUUCGCACCCCGGCCAUCGCCCUCACAGGAGAUGUUCGACAAAUGUAUCGUAUGGUGAAAGUGGCUGCAGCAGAUUGCAACUAUCAGCGUAUACUUUGGCGGUGGAACGAAAAGGACCCGGUCGACGAGUACACAUUAAACACCGUUACCUAUGGCACCAAAUCUGCGUCCUACUUAGCUACAAAAUGUGUCCAGCAAUUGUUAAGCAAUAUUGCUGAAAGUGAUCCUGAUACGUUCCAGAAGGCAUCAAUGGGAAUUUACGUCAAUGAUAUUUUGACCGGCGCGGAUUCCCCAGAGGAGGCACGGCAAUUGCGACAACAAUCAUCCGAAAUUUUUUCAAUGGGAGGCUUUCACCUCCGCAAAUGGGCAUCGAACCACUCAUCCGCUUUGGAAGGUGUACCAGAAGCUGACCUCGAAGUGAAAAUCCCCAUCGAACUCCACGGCAGCGACACAAUCAAGGCCCUUGGAAUCCACUGGCAGCCGUGUAGCGACGAGUUCACGUUUUGGUAUCAACCCUCUAAGAGCUUUCAGCCCACAAAGCGCAUCAUCCUGUCACAGAUCGCCAGUCUCUUCGACCCGCUGGGUCUGCUUGCCCCAAUUAUCGUCAUGGCGAAACUGGUAAUGCGCAAACUGUGGGAGCUGAAGGUGGACUGGGAUACAACUCCCCCUGGUGAGUUGAUCAAUGAUUGGCUUAUAUUUGCACAGAAUCUGUCGUCUCUCAAUUCGUUUCAGGUUCCUCGGCGUGUGAUCGAUGCACGAAAACCAGUGAAACUCUACCUGCACGGCUACAGUGACGCCUCCGAGAAGGCCAUGGGAGCCUGCAUUUACGUCCGUUCCGUCGACGCGGAUGGCAAUCACUCUUCGCAUCUGCUUUGUGCCAAGUCAAAAACGGCACCUUUCGGAAACAACAGGUCUACCAUUCCCCGUUUGGAGCUACAUGCAGCGGUCAUUCUGGCGAGACUUAUACACAACGUGACGAUGGCAUUACAGAUCCAUUUUCAUGAAAUUCGCGCAUACAGUGAUUCGCAAGUCGUGCUCGCUUGGAUUGCUGGUGGUGCGUCAAAAUGGAAAACAUAUGUUGCGAAUCGUGUUGCCGGUAUAUCCACGUUACUGCCUGCAAUCAACUGGUACCACGUACGCACGCAGAACAACCCAGCUGAUCUAAUAUCUCGAGGUGCACUGCCUGCCACUCUACAAGGAAAUUCGCUUUGGUGGCACGGAGCAGACUGGGAACAUUCUUCGCCUUCAUACGAGGUGGAGUCGACGCAUAGAAACCACAUCGAUCGGGAGCGGAAAUCUAUAGCAGUAAGUCUUCUUACAAUCUACGAAAACUCAUUUCUGGAUGGCAUGCUGAAUCAUUAUUAUCCGAACAAACAAAUGCUUCUUCGAGUCACCGCUCGCCUUCUUCGGUUCGCUCAUCGUGGUCACGAGCGCUUGUCAGCCGCUGAGUUAAAUAAGGCUUUGAUGAUCUAUGUUCGACACACACAACACAAAUAUUUCUCGAAUGACAUUCAACGAUUGAAGGAUGGUAAAACCGUUGCAACUGGAAGCUCCAUCUACCAGUUAGAUCCCCACUUAGAUGCAGAUGGACUCCUCAGGGUGGGCGGUCGGCUCCGGUUAUCGAAGUUGAAUUACAACACCAUUUUAACCUCAUUAAUUCUACAUGAUGAGCACAUCAAUAAUCUUCAUUGCGGACCACAAACACUCUUAGCAGUUUCUCGUCAGCGUUUCUGGAUUCCUUAUGGAACGAGUGCUGCCCGUCAAAUCUACCGGCAGUGCAUUACUUGCGCUCGUGUUAGACCUCCUCCUUCACGACAGCAAAUGGGACAGCUUCCCGCCGAUCGCUUAGAACCGCAGCCACCGUUUGCCAUAGUUGGCAUUGAUUAUGCUGGGCCAAUCAACAUUACUAGCCGCAAAUCGAGGGGAACUAGCGCCAGCAAAGGCUACAUUGCCCUUUUCGUUUGUUUUGUCACAAAGGCUGUGGCACUAGAGGCGGUAUCUGACCUUACCACGGGUACAUUUCUUGCUGCAUUCACCAGAUUUUCCAGUCGGUACGGACUGCCGGCACGAGUCUACAGUGACAACGCUACAAAUUUUCGGUCUGCGGCUAAGCAGCUAAGGGAACUCAACACCUUGGUUAACUCUACUGAAUACAAAACGACCGUAGCAGAUUUCCUCGCAGACAAGGGUGUGGAAUGGAGCUUCAUACCUCCUCGCUCCCCUCAUCAUGGCGGCUUGUGGGAGGCCGGGAUAAAGGUUGCAAAACAGUUACUGUCAAAAAUAUCAGGUAAUUUCAUUUACACAUAUGAAGAACUUUCCACUCUGCUAGCGCAGGUUGCCGCCUGCAUGAACUCUCGGCCUAUCGCCUCAAUUUUGAACAACCCAAACGAUCCGCAGCCGUUGACUCCCGCGCAUUUCCUAAUCGGUCGACCGUUGACAACAGCGCCUGAAAUCAAUCAACUAGAACGACAUAUCACUUCGAUGACGCGAUGGCAAUUCGUUCAGCUGAAGGCACAGGAAUUUCGUGAGCGUUGGCAAAGGGAAUACGUGCGGUCACUUCAGUUAUUCACUAAAUGGCAGCAAUCAGCAAACAAUAUGAAGGUCGGCGAUUUCGUGCUCAUAGUUGGAGAAAAUGAAAAACCGAAACAGUGCCGCUUGGACGGAUUGUGCAGACGCAUCCUGGCCCAGAUGGAUUGGUGA